GAAGAGGGCAGUGUAUGCAACAAUAAGGAUGCUGACUGCCGUAAAACAUCAAAGAAGAACAAGAACAGGAACUCUCGCGAGAUCUGUGCUCCCAUCAACCGGCGGAGAACGUAACGGCAAAACACCGGCUGUCGCCUAGCAGCAGCUCGGUGUCUGCAACCUAUAUCAGCAUAUGGACCACAGUUAAUAAUAACAAUAUGUAACAUCCAAAACAACACGACAUUGUUGCUGUUACCCGAGAAGUCUCGAUCAUUUAGGACACAGAACAGAGAUGCUGCCUGCCAUGCUACACAGUUAGCCACACGCUAAGGUUAGCAUCGACAGCGUGAACGGCGGUGUUUACUGUUUGUUUGUUGUUUGUUGUUUGUUGUUUGUCUUCACGGUGAGCUGACAUGAUGAAGUGUCACUAUGAAAUCCUGGGCGUAAAGCGAGAGGCGGGAGACGACGACCUGAAGAAAGCUUAUCGUAAACUAGCGUUGAAAUGGCAUCCGGAUAAAAACUUGGACAACGCCGAGGAGGCGGCGGAGCAGUUCAAGCUGAUUCAGGCAGCCUACGAUGUCCUGAGUGAUCCGCAGGAGAGAGCUUGGUAUGACAAUCACAGGGAGGCUCUGCUGAAAGGAGGACUGAGUGGAGAUUACGAAGAUGACAGCAUCGACCUGCUGCAGUACUUCACGGUCACCUGCUAUUCUGGUUUUGGAGAUGACGAGAAGGGCUUUUACACAGUCUACAGGAAUCUCUUUGAGUCCAUUGUUAAGGAGGAGAUGGAGCACAGCAAGGUGGACGAUGAGGAAGAGGAGGAGCAGUUUCCUCCCUUUGGAGACUCACAGAGCGACUAUGAUACUGUAGUGCAUCUAUUUUACGGCUACUGGCAGAGCUUCUGCACUCGUAAAAACUUUGCCUGGAAGGAGGAGUAUGACACGAGGCAGGCCUCCAACCGCUGGGAGAAGAGAGCCAUGGAGAAGGAGAACAAGAAGACCCGAGAGAAAGCUCGAAAGGAGCGCAACGAGCUUGUGCGACAACUCGUGGCUUUCGUCCGCAAGCGUGACCGCCGUGUGCAGGCCCACAGGAAGCUGGUGGAGGAGCAGAACGCUGAGAAGGUCAAGAAGGUGGAGGAGAUGAGGCGGAAGCAGAAGCUCAGCCAGGCCAAGCUGGCAGAGGAGUACAAGGAGCAGAGCUGGGCAGCCAUGUCGGAGCUUGAGAAGGAGCUGCAGCAGAUAGAGGCUCAGUACGGAGAGGAGUUUGGAGACGCAUCAGAGAGUGAAGAAGAAGAGAUCAGCGAAGAGGGAGGAGAUGCAGACCAUCCUGAUGGAGAGGAACUGACAAUUGACUAUUAUGAUGAUCUGUACUGCCCAGCCUGCGAUAAAUCCUUCAAAUCAGAUAAAGCUAUGAAAAACCAUGAAAAAUCCAAAAAGCACCGAGAGAUGGUAGCGUUACUGCGGCAACAGCUAGAAGAAGAAGAGGAUUCACUUGGUUUGAACCAAGACGGAGAAGAGAGAAGAGGCCAAGAGAUGGAGCACGAAGAGGAGGAGGAGGAGGAAGAGGAGGAGGAAGACAAACCGAGGCAAAAGCUGUCCAAAAAGCAGAAGCGAAAAAAGAAGCAGCAGAAAGUAGUACAGAGUGCUCCAGAGGAGGUCGCGGAAGAGGAGAAACCAACGCUGACCACCUGUGAGGAAAGUGCCCCCGAGAAGUCAGCGGACACUACAGAGCCGGAGAAGCAGGGCGAUCUCCCUGCGACAGAAGUCAAGAGUAGCUCUGGGAAGCCAAAGGGAAAGAAGGGAGCAGGAAAAGACAAACCGAAGAAUAUCAAGUCAAACACAGGAGGAGAACAGUUUCCCGAGGAAUUAAACCUCUGCUGCGUGACCUGUAACAACGAGUUCCCCACGAGAAACAAGUUGUUCGACCAUCUGAAGAGCAGCGGCCACGCCUCCGCUCUCUCCUCAAACAACGCCGCACACGGCGUGAGCAAGAGCAAAAAAGACAAGCGGAAGAACAGAUAACACAUCUUUCAUCUGCGCUAAUGAACGUGAAAGCGUUGCAGCCACUACAAAGGAAACGGCACUCUGAGGAAUAUCUCUGGAGGAAGAUCUGGAUGAAGAAGAUGGACUUUAAUGUAUUGGAUUGGUGGAGAGUGGAUAGUUUUUUCUUUUUCUUUUUAAAUUACACAAUCAUAUUCGACGAGACAGAUGUUUAUGUGAGAGACUCCUUCUAUCAAAGUGUUGGAGAUUGGAAUGAUUGAAACAUUUUCUGUAGCACUCUCAGUAACUUCUCUGUAUUGAUAAACCAGUGGAGAAAACCUCUGCACAGGAAGUGCAGAGCGACCAUCUUCAUCCCAAUUAUCGUCUCCACGUUUCUUUUAGAAUCCUCUCUCCUGGUUUGUCACGGAGAUCUCAUUGGUGGUAUUACUGCUUAAUGAAAAUAAAAGUGAUACUGCAUGUUGCCAUUUAUACAACAACUCUUGAAUGACUUGCUUUAACGCUUAACAAUAAACACUGUGUUGGACGUGUCU